UGACUUUCAUAAUAUCUCUCAAGUGUUAACAAACGGCUGACUCAGUGUCAUCCAAGUUUUGUAUACGACUGAUAAACACACUCGGUGUCAAGUCGAUUGUCAUGCUCGUUGAACAUUUACACAUAAAUUGUGCGUUUAACAUUUUCCCACGAACCAUUAAAUAUUAUUAUGUGCUACUCUUAUAACACGGAAAAUAUGUUUACGUAAGUUCUAUGUAUGAUAAUAUAUUUACGAAAGUGCAAACGGAUUCAAAACAAGUUAGUAGGUUGGAUUAUAAAGAAGAUAUUAGAGACAUGUACGCAGUACAGGAUUACUACUGUGUUUAUACCUUACUUGAUCAAAAUUUGCUAUAAUAACUAGUGUAGUACCAUGGGCAAAUAGGAAGAGUUAACAUACGGACUUAUAAAAAGAUGAGAUAAUAUCAUGUUUCAAGUGUUUAGUGGUUAAAAUUGUAUAUAUUGAUUUUGAUAAUAUAUUCUUUGUGUAUAUCUUACAUAUCGACCUAUUAAACUUAUAAGACAGCACGUUAAAGUGGCAACCUCUUCAGGACAAAUAGGUGACACUUUUCAAGAACAUGAUUCUGGUUAAACACUGGAUAAUACGAGGCAAGAUAUUUAAUGUACUAUGCCAUACCUUACAUAACUCAGAUUUUCAGUAAGUUUGGGCAAAGCAGUGUAAAACUUUCAGCAAAACAAACAGAAUGAAUAAAAUGAUGAUAAGUUUCAAGCGCGUGAUUACAAGCACAGAGACACAGUAAGCAUAUACAUACAUUUUAUUUAACAUACCGUGUUUAUAUAUAUAUAUCGAUCUAAUUUGCAAUUACUUUGUGCAAGGCAGUGUAACAUUAAGUAGGAUAAAACAAGAGGAAUAAAAAGAUGAAGAAAUUUAAACAGAAACCUUCUGGACGCGGACGACAUUUUAAGCAUAUUGUGUUUUCAAGAGGAAAAAAUACAUUUACUAAUUUAGACAUGGAGAAAAGUAAUAGUAGUCAUUGUCGUUCAGAAUGUCAAAUAUAAUUGCAUUUAAGGGUUCAGUAACUUACAGUGCAACAUGAGUUAUAAACGUUCAUAGUAUUAAAAUGUAAAUCAAGAUAGAUAUGUCACACCGAGAAAAACGGUUAAAGUGGUCUAUGGUGAAAUACGAUUUGAAAACAGGGCUAGAUAUUUUGAAGAUGCCGUGUUUAGUGAAGGUGGCUUAUGACGCCCUUGGAACGACAUUUGAAGAGUCACAAGCAAAUGGUGCUAUUACAGAUGCCUCGAACAGUUGUAGGAUCAAACUUGAGAAGCAGUUAAGUGUUUGGUUUGUUCGUGCACGAGUUUUAGAUUUAACUGAUGUUGAUUGGUUUACGAAGAAGAAAGGGAAGGAGUUUGUCAGAAGUCAUGGUCGAAUGGCUGGAUCUGAAAUUCUGAUACCGCUAGAGUAUGGCGGGAAAAUGAGAUUAAACGAGAGAAUGGGUGGCACCAGAUAUUUCAGCAUCCGAGAGAUUAUUCAGGAAUUUCCCAGAUUUGUCCGGGUAGAUAAAGACACAAUAUGUGCAUCACCUGGUGUUCAGGCGGCGCAAAUUGUCGAAAAGGGGACAAUACUUGAACUAGACCGCGUAACCAAAAGCAUUCAGACCAUCAGAGGAUCACGAGAAACCUACCUAAUUUGCAAAGAUAGUGCAAACUCACGAGAGCUUGCCUUCCGACAGAUGGCACCAGUUCAGUUCACAAAAGUUCCAGAUAUGACUAAAGACUGUUUAAAAGAUUUUGUCGAGCAUUUACCUCUACCCCAGGUUGUAGAAUUUUUAAACAUUAAUCCAUAUGACGUCAUUUCCGUUGACGAUGACGAUGCAAGGGACCUGCUAGUCAUUAUGUCGGGUCCUGUAGAGUUGCUCGGACUCCAGAUGGAACACUUUAUUGUCGGGAAAGUAGAUGAAGGUGAUGCUAAUAUAUGUGAUAUAAUUGCUGUCCCACUGAAGGAUAAUGUGUUAGAAUCAUUUCUUGUACAUAUACCAGUUGAAGAACAAACUGACAAACACACAUCUGUUACGUCUGCCGGUGAAUAUGUAGAUCUCGCCUUGAGUGAUGAACAGCUAUAUGACUGUUUACAGCAGAAACUGUAUUUGCGUUACACAGACGACGAAACUCCUUUGAUCUUACGAUCAAACAACUCAGAGGUUUUUAGUUAUGAAGUGGAGAACUUACCAGACACUCCGCCUAUACCUGAAAAACUUGAUGAGUGCCCUUUAAAGCACACGUUGUCAGCACAGCAUGUCAGUGGAGACCAUAAACAUGUUAAAGAUAGACCAAUAAAUCGGAAACGAUUCUUUUCUGCGAAUGAUAUAGAACGUAAGAAUAUCAGUCAACGUUCUGAGAGAGAGCAAAAUGGCUUAAAAACCUACCUGUCACAUCUAUCCAGAAGAAUGAAAUCGACUGCCUCACAGAUUCUGUUUGGAAUUGAAGCAUUUUCUGGUGCCGUUGACCAGGAUCUGGAAUAUGGCGGGAGACAGAUGCCUUCAUGUAGAAAGGAUAGGAAUUCAAGUGAUGAAAAGAGGAUGGGAUUUAUCUGUUACUUAGACACUGAAUUAACAGAUGACACAAUUGUGCCAUCAAGUAAAUAUUUGGUGACGUUAAAUGAGUCACGUAAGAGUGAUAAUGUUAUUAAGGACGACAUAGUUUACGCUUCUGUAGAUGUGUUAAAGAAAAACAAAAGUGCAAUAAAAGUUACUCACUUAUGUCCCGUAUGCAGAGAUUUAAAGCUGCAGUGAAUUUAUACAAUAAAUGUUUGAAAUAUUA